AUGCCGGGGAAAGAUUAUUAUGGCAUCCUCGGAAUCGGCAGAGAUGCCAGCCAGGACGAAAUAAAGAAAGCGUAUCGACGAGCUGCCCUGAAGUGGCAUCCAGACAAGAACCAGGAAAGGCGGGCCGAGGCCGAGGAGAAGUUCAAGGACAUCGCGGAGGCCUAUGAUGUCCUCAGCGAUCCAGAGAAGAAGUCCAUCUACGACCAGCAUGGCGAGGAGGGUCUGAAGGGUGGUGUUCCAGGGCCCGAUCCGGCUGGUGGCAUGCCUGGUGGGCCUGGAGGUUUCCACUACCAGUUUUCUGGAGAUCCGAACGACAUGUUCGCCAGGUUUUUCAAGGAUUCCUUCCAUCGAUCAUCAUCGUUUGGGGAGUCCCCUUUUGAGGAGAUGUUUGGAAUGUUUGGAGGCAUGGGCGGAAUGGGUGGCAUGGGCGGCAUGCCCGGCAUGCGAGGGGGGAUGAGUCAAGGCAGCCAAGCCGUCAGGCCUGCGGUGUUCGACCUGCCGUGCUCGCUCGAGGACCUCUACAACGGAGCAAUCAAGAAGAUGAAGGUGAAGCGCACGUCGUCGACACUUGCCCGCGAUGCUGAGGCCGUGCUCGAAGUUGAGGUGAAACCUGGUUGGAAAGCUGGCACGAAGGUGACCUACGCUGGCGAAGGGGAUGAGAUUGGAAGCUCGGGCAAGGCGCAGGACGUGGUUUUCGUCAUCCGAGAAAAGCGGCAUGCCACUUUCACCAGAGAGGGCUCCAAUCUCCUUCACCAUCGAAAGAUUCCUUUGGUGGAUGCUCUGACUGGCUUCAAGGUUGAUGUGCCCAUGUUAGACAAGAAGGACAGAAUACUGCGCGUCAACGUGUCUGACAUGGUCAGCCCCAACUUUGCCAAGGUCGUGAAGGGUGAGGGCAUGCCAUCUAGCAAGCUCGCAGACAGCAAGGGCGACCUCAUAAUCACUUUCGACAUUGUCUACCCAUCUUCCCUGACGGCUGAGCAGAAGGAGAAGUUGAAGGCCGCACUGCCCAGGUCUUAA